AUGGCGAACCUCGGUGAGAAGCUCGCUGAUCAGGCGGCCGACCAGAUGAUUCGCGAAAUCGACGUGGAUGGCGAUGGGCAGAUCAACUUCGAGGAAAUCGCGAAUAUCAGGGUGGCUCAAUGGUGGCCGGUAGAUCAAACCAGCGCGCCGAAACGUUUGUUUCGUUCGCGUGUCAAGCUGCAGUGGGGAUCUUCCUUCUCUUGCAAUGCGCGCCUGCCCUCGCGAUGCGCGCCUGGCACCUUUCGGCGAUUGAUCGCGUCGCAAAGCUUGCAAUUUAGGCGGCCGUUUCCGGUUCUGCAGGCGUAG